AUGGCCAGCAGCAGCAACGCAAGAAACAGGCACUACUGGUCGCUGCAGCGGAAGAAGAAGCAGCCGCAGCUGCUGCCGGUGCCGCUGCAGUUUGUAGGCAGCAGCAGCAACACCGUCCCCAGCCAUCCUCCUCCUCCUGCUGCUGCUGCUGUUCCUGCUGUUCCUGCUCCUGCUGCUGCUGCUGCUGGCGGGGGUGCUGCGCCUGCGCAGCUGCAAACUCAAACUGCUGCUGCAGGAGCUGCUGCAGCAACACAUACGGCUUCAGCAUCAACACAGCCAUCAGCUAUAACAUGGCCAGCAGCAGCAACGCAAGAAACAGGCGUUGCUGCUGCUGCUCCUGCUGCUCCUGCUGCUGCUGCUGCAACAGGCGCGGACUUGGCAGUGCAGGGAGAAAGCGCCAGUUUGCCUUUCUCUCAACAGCAGGACCAGCAACAGCUGCAGCAGCAGCAGCAGCAACAGCUCCAGCAGCAGCAGCAGCAGCUGCAGGAGGUGAGUCAAACGCAGGGGGAGCUACAGCAGCAGCAACAAAGCCUGGAGCAGCAGCAACCGACAGCGCAGCAGCAACAGCAGCAGCAGCAGUGUCAGGAGGGGGCUCCGUCUGCUGAUGGCAGCGCUGCACUUGCAGCAGACGCAGCAGCAAAAGCAGCAGCAACAGCAACAGCAACAGCAGCGGAGACAGCUGCAGCAGAGGGUGAGGCGACAGCACCAGCUGCUUCUGCAGGUGCCGAAGCAGGUGCUGCAGCACCUGCUGCUGCUCCAGAGACUGCAGUGGGAGUUUCAGAACCAUCUGCUGCUGCUGCUGCUCCUGCUGCUGCUGCUGCUGCUGCUGAUACUGCUGCGCCUGCUGCGGAGGGGCAAUCGGGAGCUGCGGAUACACCCGAAGCUCCUGCGGCGGCUGAAGGCGCCGAGGCAUCAACAGCAGCAGCAGAAACAGCAACACCCGCAGCGGCAGCAGCAGCAACACAAGCAGCAGCAGCAGGAGAAACUGCUGCAGCAGAGGACGUGAGAACGGGGACCACGCCGCAAGCCGCCAGCUUAGUCGGAUCAGAUGCAGCAGCAGCAGCAACAGACGCAGCAGCAGCAGCAACCGACCCAGUAGCAGCAGCAACAGACGCAGCAGCAGCAGCAGCAGCAGCAGCAGACGCAGCAGCAGCAGCAACAGACGCAACAGGAGGCGGCGCUGGAUCCGCCGUCGGCUCUGUUGUGCGUGACGGCAGCAGCGUGGUAUCAGGAGCGAGCGGUGCUGCUAGUGCAGCACCAGCAGCAGCAGCAGCAGCAGGAACAGCAGCAGCAGCAGCAGGAGCAGCAGGAACAGCAGCAACAGCAGCAGGUCGUGUAGAGCAGCAGCAGCAGCAGGAGCAACAACAGGAGCAGGAGCAGCAGCAGCAGCACCAACAGCAGCAGCAGCAGCAGCAGCAGCAGCAGCAGCAGAGAGUGCAGGGGGGGCUGGGGUUUGUAUAG